AUGUAGCAUUUUGUUUUUUUCGAUAACGUUACUGAAGAUUUCGGCGAAAUCAAAAAAGACCGCGAUUAUAAAAGAAAUUGAAUUAACGUUACUGAAUACUGAAUCGCAUCUUAUCGCCAAAAAUAUUUCAUAUUAACAAUUAACAAUGGAAGUACUUGUUGCUAACGUUGACCAUAUUAAGUUCGAUAUAGAUUACGCUUUGGAACAGCAAUAUGGAGCUCUACCUUUACCAUUUCCAGGAAUGGAUAAAUCAACGGCUGCGGUAUGCGAAUUUUACAGUAACCCUGGAGGUUGCAACAAUGGUCCUCAGUGCCCGUACAGACAUGUGCGCGGCGACCGCACAGUGGUAUGCAAGCAUUGGUUAAGAGGGCUUUGUAAGAAGGGGGAUCAAUGUGAAUUCCUCCAUGAGUAUGAUAUGUCUAAGAUGCCGGAAUGUUACUUCUACGCCCGAUUUAAUGCAUGCCACAAUAAAGAAUGUCCAUUUUUACAUAUUGAUCCUGAGAGCAAGAUUAAAGACUGUCCAUGGUAUGACAGAGGCUUCUGUCGGCACGGCCCACACUGCAGACACAGGCAUGUCCGAAGAGUUUUGUGCAUAAAUUACUUGUCAGGCUUCUGUCCGGAUGGGCCAAAUUGCAAAUACAUGCAUCCCAGGUUUGAGCUUCCUGCACCACCCGAGCAGACCAAAGAUGCCAAGAGAUUGCCAGUCUGCCACUACUGCUCUGAAGUUGGGCAUAAGGCAUCAUCUUGCAACAAAAUUCCUCAAGAGAAAAGAGAAGCAGCACAAAAACAAGAGGAAGCGAGAUACCGAGCCCUCGGUUAUGUCAAGCCGGCCAACGAGACUGAUGAUGUCAAUGCUCAUCGCCUCCGUCUCAUGCACAAGCCAUUGGAAGAAGUGACAUGUUUCAAGUGCGGAACCAAGGGUCAUUAUGCUAACAAGUGCCCCAAAGGUCACCUUGCUUUCCUCUCCAAUCAGAAUACUCAAAACAAUCAGACCAUGUACAAAAAAAACUAGUAUAGGUAUGUGAAGCCAACUUAAAUUGGCUUCAGUAUUAGCUUUCAAAUAGCUAUAAAAUUUGAAUAAUGGACACUGUAUACAAGUUAGAAGUGUUUGACUUGUAUAAAUGUUAUAAAACUUAUUAUUAGGUAUGAAGUGGAGUGACUAGCGCCAUUUAAUAUUAGUAAGAUAAGUUUGUGAGAUUUAUCCAUUGUAUGCUAUACGGUUUAUAAAUUGUGU